GUUCGGUUGGAUUGUUCGUAGCCUAGUGUGCUAUCACUCAGUGCUACAUUCUACACAACAGAGGAUCACCACACACCUUUCUGCUGGCAGCAACUCUGCGUGGUUGCUGAUUGUGUGCGUGUGUUGUUGGCAGGCAGUGUGGUUUUACCGUUAUUGUUCUGCAGCGUUCGUCCGUCGCUGCUGCUGCUGCUGCUGCUGCAGCAGAUCCAGCAAAAGUGCUAGUAGUGGUGUUAAUUCAUUCACAAGAACCGAUCGUUUGAACCACACAGGCGAAGAUUUUGGCGAUGCGGUGAACCAAAAGACGCGCGUGUUUGAAUACAAGAAGAUAGAAAACGAUCGUGUUGGGUUUGUUGGAAGAGCAGAACAUGACCUAGCUGCACAACACAACUACAGCGACGAUUUUGUGGGCUGCUGGAGAAUGUUGUAUACAAAGAUCGAGUUUGGCGAGAAGAUCGGGAGAUCCUAGAUUGUGAAACUGCUGAAAAAUUGUUAGUUCAAAUUGGCAAUGAAGAUUCGGUGGUAAAAUCGUAGUGAAAUAAACGGAAUUAAUGCUUGAUGAUAGCUAAUUAAAAGAAAAUAAUAAGGGUUAGUUUUGUGAUGCGAUCCGGAUAAAAAAGCUGAAACGAAACAAAGUGUAGGUAUGUGUGUUGUGUGGUGCUGAAGCUGGCUGAAGAAAUUCUUCAUCACAAAUUUCAGCAGUUGUUGAGCAGGAGUGAGAAAAAAAAACACGACCAGAAUCCUACAGGUGUGUGUUUGGGUCGUUUCAAUCUGUAUCCAACCCAUGCUGAUCUGCGUUCGAACGUCUGUAUCGUGGGAAACGUGAAACGAGGAAUAAUAAUACAGAAAGAAGAGAAAAAAGUGAUUGAAUUACAACGACUACCAACCAACACUGGAAGGUUUUGAUCUGUUGUGGAUUGCCGAAGAAGAGAGGAAAGUAAGUUCAAACACAACAUUCUCCUCCGGGUGUACUGUGCAAUUUGAAGGAGUGGAAGAAAUUUGACGACGACGACGAAAACGGUAUCGAAUAUCUGUCUGUUUACUUUCGUGGAAUGAAUUGAAGUGAAUCGCGAUAGUUUGAAUCGUAUGACGAUAGUGCUCCUGAUUUGUCAGCAGAAAAUAAAAGUUAAAAAAAAUAGUGUCCAGUGUAUCUGAGGAAGAAAAUCCAUUCGCAAACAUCACCUAUCUCAAGUGCAAGUAAUUUAUCUUUAGGUGUAUUCUAGAGCAAUAGAGUGUGCUUAUAAGCUAUAACGGGUUCCAUUACGAAGUACGUGCUAGUGCUUGGUAUACAUAUUCAAAUAACAAAGCAAAAAAAAGGCAAGCAACGGAGCAUUUGGUGUUGUACCUUCAGGCAGUAUUAUCUAUGCUAUCGCGUCUGUGGUGAAUUUAAGUAAACAACCUACGAGGAUUUCUCAACACUUCUCGGCGCGCACCUCUGAUAAGAGUGAUAACGGGUGUGAAACUCAUCACCCUCGGUCGGACCACUGAAUCGUGAAUGUGCACCUUGGUUGUUUUUGUUUGUGCGCGUAGUUUAUUAGCCGGCCCAAUACAUAUAGGGGCAUCAGAGUUUCGAUUCGCGCAAGUUCCGCACAGUUCAGCUCAGAUCGAUUAAAGAAAAAAAAGCAUUUGCAAAAAUAUUCACAGCGAUGAGUAAUCGACAGGAAGGGAAGCGUGCACAGUAGAACCGUGCGAAAAUGGAAGCUCAUGAACGACUGCUGGAGCGACUUGAUCUACUAGCAACCAGAACAGCCACGACGAUGGCCCGAUGCGAGGAGGACCGUUAUUUGCUCGAAGAUGACGAUGGUGAUCUAAGAAGGCAACGGAUUUCAACGACAACAUCAACAAUAACAGCGGCUAGAACGACGUCGCAAUGCCCGCGGUACGCAAUGAUGCGUACCGUGCAGUGCCCCAGAUCGAGACCCUACAGGUCACGUCGGGUGUUAUCAGUGUGGAUGCUGACAGCCGCGCUCGCACUGCCGCUACUGCUGUUUACAUCGACAAUCAAUGCAGCAGAACCGCAGAUGCAAGCGCCACGCUUCACGACGCAACCAUCCUCGUCCGGGUCGAUGGUGAAUGAAGGUCGAACGAAGAUUCUCCAGUGUCAUGCUCUAGGUUAUCCACAGCCCAUGUACCGGUGGCUGAAGAACGGUGUCCCGGUGGGAGACUUUGACACUAGUCAAUAUCUGAAAAUUCAAAGUACAACCCGGGAGGAUGCCGGUUCGUAUCAGUGCCUGGCGAAGAACGAUGCCGGGACGAUAUUCAGCGAGAAGAUCGACGUCGUGGUGGCAUACAUGGGAAUUUUCGAAGACCUAACAGAGCAGAUCAUCUCCGUUCAGUCUGGAUACCCGGCGAUACUAAACCUCUCCCGGAUAGAGUCCGUUCCGGCCCCUUCGGUAACGUGGCAAACUGAGGACGGACCGCUGAACUAUGACAUCAAGUACGCCACGACGGCGAGUAACCAGUUGAUCAUUCUGAGCGUCGACGAGAACGAUAUGAAAUCGUACCGGGCGCGUGCCAUCAAUACGCAAAUUGGCAAAGAGGAAAUCAGCGCGUUCAUUCGAGUUAACGUGACGGGAAACUCCUACAGCGAGGUAGCACCGGAGAUUAUAGUGGAACCGAGGAGUAUGAGGGUGGUUCGAGGCGAGCAAACGGUCCAGCUGGAAUGCAUAGCCAAUGCACGGCCGCUACAUGAACUGGAAACGAUUUGGUUGAAGGAUGGUAUUCCAGUUGAGAAUUCUGGCAUUUCCUACGCCCAUACGGAUCCCUGGAACCGAACGUUGGCAUUGCUGUAUGUGAAUCUAACGCAUACGGGACAGUACACAUGUCAGGUUCAGAUGCGUACCGGUGGUCAUCCUACGGUGCAUUCGGUGGCAACAGUAACGGUCCAAGAACCUCCAUCGUUCUUCACACCCUUUCGAACGGAGACCUUGGGUGAUUACGGCUCGAAGACGACCCUACCGUGUGACGUUAUCGGUGAACCUGUUCCAUAUGUAACAUGGUUCCGGAAUGCAGAAGGUCUGGAUUUGUCAACGGAUCGGUACACGGUACUGGACGACCAUUCCCUGGUUAUUAAGAAGCUUAGCAUGGAAGAUUCGGCCAUGUUCCAGUGCCUGGCCAGCAACGAAGCCGGAGAGAAGUCCAGCUAUACCUGGCUCAAGGUCAAAAAUAACAGCAACCAUUCAUCCGCUCCAUCCGUGCUCAAGCACUUGAUCCUUUACAAUCAGUUUAUCCGUAACAAGCGCCUCGCACAGCCAAGAAUCAUUCGGGUGCGUAAUUCUGCCUCAGCAUCCGAUUCGGCGGCCGUUAGCAUCAGUAACACCUCUUCGAACAGCAUCUCCACCACCACCACCACCAACAGUACCGAAAGUGGUCGAAGCCGCAAAAAGACGGCGGCCCCUGCUUCUUCGACACGUGCCGAGGACUUCACCUUUGACAUUAGACCUUCCCUCCCGAUCAUGGAGAUGCCACCAACGAAUCUAACCGUCCUGGACGGUAAGGAUGCCACCAUGCACUGCCGAGCCGUGGGCGCUCCCACUCCCAACAUCACCUGGGUCUUCAACGAAUCGCAAGGUAUCGAACUGUCCGGUCGAAUACAGAUCCUCGACUCGGGCGAUCUGUUGAUCUCCAACGUGCGAGAAUCGGAUGCCGGUCUUUACACCUGUAUCCGUGCCAACGAAGCCGGAAUCGUCACCGAAGAGGCCUACCUCGGUGUUAUGGUACGAACACAGAUCGUUCAACCGCCGGCGGACACUACGGUUCUGCUGGGACAUACUGCCGCACUGCAGUGCCGGGUUUCAUCCGAUCCGACCGUUCCAUUCAACAUCGAUUGGUACCGGGAACCACAACGGCAGCCGAUCAAGAACAGCCAAAGGGUUGCCGUGAAAGCCGACGGUACAUUGGAGAUUGUCGAGGUGCGUCCGUCGGACGUUGGUCAAUACAGCUGUAUUGUGACGUCCCCCGGUGGUAACGAGACUCGUUCGGCCAGGCUGAGCGUUGUUGAGUUGCCCUUUGCUCCGACCAAUGUCCAAGUCGUUCGGUUGAAUACGGCAACGCAUCGGGCGAUCAAUGUUUCCUGGACUCCCGGGUUCGAUGGAAACAGCGCAGUGUUGAAGUUCAUCAUCCAGCGUAGGGAAGUUCCUGAGUUAGGCCCAUUGCCAGACCCGUUGCUGAACUGGGUAACGGAGUUGAGCAACGUUUCGGCCGGAUCUCGGUGGGUAUUGCUGACAAACCUGAAAGCCGCUACGGCGUACCAGUUCCGAGUGAGUGCCGUAAAUCGUGUAGGAGAAGGAUCACCUUCGGACCCAAGCAACGUGAUCAAACUGCCGCAGGAAGCGCCGUCCGGCCCGCCAGUGGGAUUCGUCGGAUCAGCUAGAUCCUCAUCGGAAAUCAUAACCCAAUGGCAGCCUCCGAUGGAGGAACACCGGAAUGGCCAGAUUCUAGGCUACAUCAUCCGCUAUCGCCUGUUUGGGUACAACGCUAGCCCGUGGAACUAUCGCAACAUUACCAACGAAGCGCAGCGAAACUACCUGAUCCAAGAAUUGAUCACCUGGAAGGACUACAUUGUUCAGAUUGCCGCUUACAACAACAUGGGCGUUGGCAUUUACACCGAUGGGGCGAAGAUCAAAACGAGGGAAGGCGUACCGGAAGCUCCGCCGACAAACGUGCACGUCAGCCCAGUGAACUCCACAGCGAUACGGGUUUGGUGGAAACCUCCUAAUCCACAGCAGAUCAACGGUAUCAACCAGGGGUAUAAGAUUCAAGCCUGGAGGUACGAAAUUAUCGAUGGUGAAGAACACGAAACGGAAGCGAAGGCGAUUACGGUUCCGCCGAGUUUGCUGGACCCACUGGCAGAGCAGGAUACGGUCAUGACCGGAUUGGAUAAAUUUACCAACUACAACGUUACAGUUCUGUGUUUCACGGAUCCCGGCGAUGGAGAACGAAGUUUCCCGGUGGAAGUGAAAACCAAAGAGGACGUUCCAGAUGAAGUUAGUUCUUUGCAGUUUGACGACGUAUCCGAUCGCGAAGUCACAGUCAUGUGGACACCACCGAAGCAAAUCAACGGAAUCCUUACUGGGUACCAGGUCAAGUACCAAAUCAAGGAUCAACCAGAUACGCUCAAAAUGUUCAACUUGAGUGCGGACUCCAAUUCUUUGAAAAUCGUCAACCUGAUGGCAACUACACACUACUGGUUCGAAGUAACGGCAUCCACCGCAGUCGGGCAGGGUUUACCAAGGACGGCAACGAUUCAGUCCGGUGUUGAACCGGUUCUACCUUAUCCUCCCUAUCAGCUAGCGUUAUCGAACAUAGAAGCCUUCUCGGUUGUGAUUCAAUUCACUCCGGGAUUCGAUGGGAACUCAUCCAUCACCAAAUGGACCGUGGAAGGUCAAACGGCACGAAACCUGACCUGGUUCACGAUCUACGAAGUCCACGAUCCUGACGCAUCUACGCUCACAGUAACCGGCCUUACUCCGUUCACACCGUACCGGCUCCGAAUCAUCGCCUGGAACGUGGUAGGAUCUUCGGAACCUUCCGAACCGACCAAAGACUUCCAAACAAUUCAGGCCCGACCAAUGCAUCCACCAUUCAAUGUAACGGUUCGCGCCAUGAGUGCUACCGAACUACGAGUUCGCUGGAUUCCGCUGCAACAAACUGAAUGGUUCGGAAAUCCCCGAGGUUACAGCAUCACCUAUCGGAAUGUCAACGAAAAAGCCAAUAUCGCGCCGUUUAGUGUGAUCAUUGAAGAUCCAACGGCCAAUUCGCACGUUCUAGAUGGUUUGGAGGAGUGGUCCGUGUACGAGAUUUUCAUGAGUGCUGUCAACGAAGUGGGACAAUCCAACGAAAGCCCGCAUGCUUUCGAAAGGACGCGAGAGGCAGUUCCUUCAUUCGGCCCGUUGGGAGUGGAGGCAAACGCGACUUCGUCGACAACGAUCGUCGUUAAGUGGACCGAAGUACCCAAGGAACAUAGAAACGGUCAAAUUGAAGGGUACAAAGUGUUCUACGGAUCUGCCGGACGGACGCAGAUUCUACACAAGACCAUUCCGAAUAAUUCGACAUUUACGACGACUUUGACCGAGCUGAAGAAGUUUGUGCAGUAUGACAUCCAGGUACUGGCGUACACUCGCCUUGGAGAUGGAGUGUUGAGUACGCCUCCGGUUAGAGUUCAAACAUUCGAAGAUACUCCGGGUGCUCCGUCGAAUGUGUCCUUCCCGGAUGUUUCCUUCAGUAUGGCGCGAAUUAUUUGGGAUGUACCGGAGGAACCCAACGGGGAGAUAUUGGCUUACAAGGUGACCUACCUGCUAAACGGUUCUCAAAGUUUGAACUUUAGUCGCGAGUUUCCUCCAUCGGAUAGGACAUUCCGUGCUACGCAGUUGCUAGCAGAACGUUAUUACCUGUUCAGUGUAACUUCGCAAACACGUCUUGGAUGGGGUAAAACUGCAGCUGUUUUAGUUUACACCACCAACAACCGGGAGAUUCCGCAAGCUCCUUCUGCACCGUCGAUCUCCAGAUCACAAGUUCAAGCCGAACAGAUAACCUUCAGUUGGACACCUGGACGCGAUGGGUUUGCGCCACUUCGCUACUAUACCGUACAAUUCCGAGAGAAUGAAGGUCCCUGGACCGUAAUCCCUGAACGGGUCGAUCCUGCCGUCACUUCGUACACUGCCGUAGGUCUUAAGCCGCACACCCUCUAUCAAUUCCGCAUCCAAGCAACGAAUGACAUCGGACCAUCGGCCUUCAGCAGGGAAAGCAUCGAAGUUCGAACACUGCCGGCAGCUCCAUCGGGAGGCAUUACAGGGCUGAAGGUGGUCCCGAUAACAACCACCAGCGUCCGAGUUCAGUGGAAUCCACUGAAAAAGAGUAUGUGGAAUGGGGACUCUACCACCGGAGGCUAUCGAAUCUUGUAUCAACCGGUUUCCGACUUUCCAUCCACCUUGCAAAGCACUCCUAAGCUAGACGUCCUGGGAGUCGAACAGGAGUCUGCCAUACUGAAAGAUUUAACCCAGGACCGAAACUACGAAAUCAUCGUUCAACCGUAUAACUCGCAAGGCUCGGGAACAGCGACGCCACCGGUGGCGGUUUACGUUGGGGAAGCUGUUCCCACCGGAGAACCCCGUGGCAUCGAGGGCGCUCCGGUGUCGUCCACCGAAGUUCGCCUUCGCUGGAAAGCUCCACAGCAGAGCAUGCAAAACGGAGAGCUCCUGGGGUACAAGAUCUUCUACUUAGUUACCGAUUCACCCCAAGAGUUGGAAGAAGGCCGAAAGCAUGAGGAGGAGAUUGAGGUUGUUCCUGCAUCGUACACAUCGCACAGUUUGGUUUUCUUGGAUAAGUACACCGAAUACAGGAUACAGAUCUUGGCGUUCAAUCCGGCGGGUGAUGGCCCUCGAUCGACUCCCAUCACGGUUAAGACCUUGCAGGGUCUACCGGGACCUCCGAUUGCUCUGUCCUUUUCCGACAUCACCAUGAACAGCUUGAAGGUCAGUUGGGAUCCGCCGAAGAAGCGCAACGGAGAAAUCUUAGGGUACAUUGUAACCUAUGAGACUACCGAGGAUAACGAAAAAUUCAGCAAACAAGUCAAACAGAAGGUAUCCGGCACAAGCCUGAUCAUUCAGAAUCUGGAAGAGGAGGUAACCUACACCUUUACUGUGCGUGCCCAAACAAUCGACUACGGUCCGGCAGUGAGUGGUAACGUUACGACCGGACCGCAGGAUGGUUCGCCGGUGUAUCCGCGGGAUCUACAGCUGUCCAAAUCUCAGGCCAGCGUCGACAUGUCAUGGAUCAAUGGGCCAUCCGGAAAGGGUCCCAUCCUCGGGUACUACAUUGAAACCAAGAAGCGAGACGACACCCGCUGGGAAACGGUAGCUCGGACCACCAAUGGUCCCAUCCAGGAGUUCACCGUCAGCUUCCAGAGCCUGCUGCCGUCGACGGCUUACAAGUUCCGCGUGAUCGCCUACAACCGGUACGGGAUCAGUUGUCCCGUCUACUCGGACGAUGCCAUCCUGACUCCGUCGAAGCUGUACCUGGAGUAUGGUUACCUGCAGCAGAAGCCAUUCUACCGGCAGACGUGGUUCAUGGUCGCGCUGGCGGCCACUUCCAUCAUCAUCAUCAUCAUGGUCAUAGCCGUGCUUUGCGUCAAGAGCAAAAGCUACAAGUAUAAACAAGAAGCACAAAAGACCCUGGAGGAGUCGAUGGCGAUGUCAAUCGACGAACGGCAAGAGCUAGCGCUGGAGCUAUACCGCUCACGUCACGGAGUGACGAGUAACAAUGGCACCUUGAACGGGACCGGCACGAUGGGACGGCGAACCGGUACGAUACUGGGCGGUAGGAAACCACAGACAUCUGCCGCAGCUGCGGCGUCCCUUGGCAAGUCACCGCCAAGGCCUUCGCCGGCGUCCGUCGCGUAUCACAGCGACGAAGAAAGUUUAAAAUGCUACGAUGAAAAUCCGGACGAUAGCAGCGUCACGGAGAAGCCGUCCGAAGUGAGCUCCAGUGAUUCACAGGCCUCGGAAAGUGAAAACGAGAGCGUCCGUUCGGAUCCGCACUCGUUCGUGAAUCACUACGCGAACGUGAACGAUUCGCUGCGGCAAUCCUGGAAGCGUCAGAAACCGGUGCGAAACUAUUCCAGCUACACGGACUCGGAACCGGAGGGGUCCGCAGUGAUGAGCCUCAACGGAGGUCAGAUUAUUAUGAACAAUAUGGCCCGAUCACGGGCGCCGCUGCCCGGAUUUAGCUCAUUCGUAUGACCUUCGUCCUGCGAUGGGAUCAUUGACGAGCUGGGCGCGAAGCUGAAAGCCAGGUGCAACGGCACCGGGAUGGUGAACGGCGGAGUGGCCAUCGUCGGUGCCGGCCGCAUCAAUGGUAUCAGUGGCAGCAAGAGCGAGAAUCAAUUGUCCUGAUAGGAUCCGCUGGGGGCGGUGGAGAUUUAUGCCAGAGGUAGCUGUAGGAAACUUGUUUGUGAUACAAAAGUUUUACACUUGAAAAUUUAGGCCGAGGAUGCGCGCGCGAGAGAUAGACUGACUGCGAGACAGCGAGGUGAGUGGAACCAGUUUUUUUUUAGUUUUGGUUUUUAAUUGGGAAAAUGCGAGCGAUUCGGGACGCAACCAAUCUAUCGAUUGGUUGGCGGUUUGCUCGAAACAGGAAGAAGCAUAAUCAAAAAUGGGACUGAUUUUUUAUUCUUUACUGUAGAAUAUUCAAAUUUAGUUUAGUCGACUGCUCUGUGUCGAUACUGACGAUUAAUUUAAAAUCUACUUAGAAGGAGAACUUCUUUCCGAACGGAUUAGAUGUAGUAUUGAUAAAUAUUGAUACGAAAAACAAUGCUGUUAUGUACAAUACCACGCUGAAAUUAGUAGCAGAAUAGAUUAUAGGAAAUCGAGCCAUAAGUAGUAUAUUUUGUAGAGGGACUUAUCCCUUCAUGUAAAUUACGUUAAUCAAAUUGAGAAGAAAUUUCACUGGAAGAACACGUCAUUCAACACGGUGGUGCAAUAUGAAAGUUUUCUAAUGAAACGUCAUACAAAACAUUCUAUUAUAAUGGUAAUACAAAAAAAAAAACUAACUACUUUUCGAUCUCAAAACAAAAUCGAUGAACGGCACAAAACAACACACGCAAAUGACUGCCCUCUAUUGAGUUUUAGGAAAGGUUAAAACCAAGCUCCAAUGGUACUUACUGAAAAGAACCCCAUAGAAGUAAAUGUUCACUGCCAUCAUCAACAACUGUUUAUUCCAGUAUUUGCAACCAUCCUCCACGGUCACGGAACAUUGCUUUGGUCCAUAUUUUUUUUUCUCCCCACAUCUAAUUCCAAUGAUCCUUGACCUGGAAGGAUACGGCUAUCCUUCCGUUCGAUUUUAGCUCAUUUUUUGUACUUUUAAUUUGGUUUCGCAAACCUACAAGUCCAAAUAUACCUUAACUACAUUUCCAGUUGCCUUAUUAAUUAGAGUCACGAUUUAAAACAAAGGAACAUAUAUAUUAGCAUUUUCCUGUUCACCGUUGUUCCGUGCAGAUUCGAUGGAGAAUAUAAGAUGUGAUGUAAAUAGACCCCAAAAACAAGUGUUAAUGUGAUAGCACUGAGUUAAGUAAGAGGUUUUAUUGCAAGAGCAAACUUUCUACCCUAGUUACGAAAACUACUUAUUAUUAAACGAACGAAAAUCGUGUAAAUGUUUAUCUUUGUAUAAAAUUUAUACAGCAUAUUAAUAGUAAUUUAUGACGUAAGACUUCUACACUAUUUUUACAUAGUUAGCGAAAGACCUUAAGAAAUGAUGAUCGAAUGCAAAACGAACUGCAGUAUAUAGGAAUCAAGAGCACAAUAGCGGAACCACAACACCCAAACACUCUGAAACAGAUAUCAGUGGCAAAACAAUCGAAUACACAAUCCUUUUACCCAUUAAAUGAAGCAACUGCAGAACCUACUUCUGGUUGCGAUACUGGUUAUUAUUACUCAUACACAUUAUGCCUAACGAAUGCAUAUAGUCAUGAUUGAUGAACAAUAGAUACCUAUCCGUACAUUGACACUCUCACAAAAUGUAAUCUUUAGUCGUAUACAGAUUGCAAAGGCAGCGGAUGAAUGCCUCCACAUAAAUGUUCGAUCA